AUCGGCAUCGCCUGGUUUCGCCGAAACAAUGGAUGGAACAAAAAAAAAAUAAAACAUAUCAAACCAUGCUGAAAACUCUCAUACUGAUAUGUCAAAACCAUGCAUAUUUCUAUAAUACAUACUUUAGUAAAUUAAUUUGUCAGCUUUAUCAUUACUAUAUCUAUUCGACUGUAAUAAUUUGGUUAUUUUUUGUUUCAUUCAAUCAUCUACGAAUAUUAUACAUCUGUCAAAUAUUGAAAAUAAACAAAAUAGCAUCGUAAACACGAAGCAAGAUAAAGUUAAGAAUUAAAAUAACUAUGUUAAAAUUAAGUGUCAUAAUCUUGCUUGCUACUUCUAAGCAUCUGGAGUGCUCAUAUAAGUUACAUUUGUCUGUUUUAUCUAAUAAAUGUCGAAAACUCACCCCGCCGUAUGCGUACAUGUUGUUGUGCGUCUGCGAAGGAUUCACCUUGGACAGCAGGAAACGAGCCUGGAAAUAAGUUUAUACUUUAUUUAAUAAAUAUUUCUAUGAUUUACUUAGGUUAAUUUAGUGCAGUUGUGUCUUUAAACAAAAUACCAUAGUCAAUCCCAAUUUCCGAUUGUUAAUGUCGUCGUUACGUGUGACCUAGUUAUAUACCUAUUAUACGUGUUAGUCGGUAUUUAUAAUAUGGGUAACUGACAUUUGUAUUAGAUUUUUAUACUUUACAUAUAUUAUUACCCGAAAUAAAAUUAUUUAUAAAUUAUUAUUAGAAGUAUUAUCCAAAGAUUUUAAUUUUCAUAAAAUUAUAAUGUUACAUUGAUGAAAAACAAUUCAGCUAAAUAUUUAAUGCAACAGUAAAAACUCGUCACUUUAAUAUUCCAAUAUCCCAAUUAUAACAUUUCCAAUUACUAAUUUCACUUGGAACGCCGCCUAUCUAAAAAACCAAUCAACCGCUUCAUCAAAUAACCGUUCAACAAAAAUUAAUCGGUCAUUUUUAUCCAUCGAUCAGAAAAGGAAACAAUAUGAGCGCUGGCCUCAAUUCGACAAGGCAGCAAAACAAUAAAAUGCUAGGUAAAUCGCGGCAUACGGCGAUAAGGAACUAUGUGGUACCGCGGCAUUCUGGCAGUCCUCGCCGUCACAUGUACGUUCCCACCAAUCGCGCUCGCACUCGCCCAAGGCACAGAACUUGUCCAGCUAAAAGAUUUAGUAUGUGUGCUGUGGUUCAGUGGUCUCAAAAAGGAAGAUAUGGAUGUUAAUUUGUUGACAAAACUACGACGACAUAGCAUCAACAUAGAUAUGAAUAACGAGACCAUGCAGCAAGAGUGUUCUAUAAAUAAACUUGCAUUGGCCAGUCAAACCGAGAAACCUGUCUACGUGACCACAACCACCACCACCACCAGUUCACCUACAACGAUUGAUCUUUCUAAUUUAACAAACGUGGCGCCGAACGAAAGCGCUGCGGAUAAAGACUUCGAGCCAAUUGUUAAAUAUAUAUCUGAUAUCCAAAAAAUGUCUAGAAGAAAUUAUAUAGACGGAAACCCCGAAGCUAUAACGUCACCAAAAAUCGAAAGUGCGCGUACAAACUUUGAACCUAGUUUCAGCACACGAAACAUCCCAGAAAGUUUUGUAAAGAAAGCAGAGCAUGUUCCAGAAAACGAUGAAACGAAACUUCGCAAUAUUCUAUACUUUUGGCAAACAUUAGCGAAAUCGAGCGACAAGCGAGCUCAGAAAAUUGUCGAAGAUACCACAAAAGGGACAACUAGGGCUAUAUCACCGAAAUAUAAACAACAAAUGAAAUUACUGAAAACUGUCACUUCUACUCCACGCUAUACUAAUCCAAGUCAAAACAAGCCGGCCUUGGGCCGAUGGUUGGCAGGCUUGUUGUCAACAAAGACAAAAGAGUCCGUCCUGACUUCUACUGAAAGAAAUAACCCAAACGAUUUAGGAGAAUUAAUUCUUCCGUUUUAUAAAGAUUUAAUUCAUUCAUAUGACAGCACACAGAGUAUACAGGAUAUAGUUAGUGGUGAAGCAAGUAGAGAUUUAUUUAAUAAGUUCAAAGCAAAAAAUGAACGACUAUAUACGUUUGACAAAAAAAGAACAGGUCCUGUAUUUAAUAUAGGCGACUUAACUAUAUCCAAGGAACGAUACAUCAACCCUUUCAAAUUUGAUGUGUUAAAUAUAGAAAACGGAGCAUUGAGACAAGAAAAUCAAAUGGACACACCAAUCAAUCAGCAAUUUGAUACAAGAAAAUUUAGUCCUGUGUUUAACAUAGGCGAUAUUUUUAAAUCCAAAGAACGAUUCGAUAAUCCAUCUAAAUUUGAUACUAUAUCAAGAAAGGCAAAUGCGGAAAAUGGAGCAUUACGACAAGAAAAUCAAAUGGACACAACAAUCAACCAACAAAUCGAAAAACAGUUAAAAAGAAAUAACUUUUCAGGAAAUGAAGGUGAAAGUAAAAAAAUUACAAAGCAAACGAUCCAGGACAUCGCUGACAGUGUAAAAGCUUUGAUUUUAAAAGAUUUGGGAGUUAUUAAUAUUACAGCCACACCUGCGACAACUAAUGUUUCUCUAACGGUUUUGAAUAAAACAAAUAAUGCAACAAUGUCAAAUGAUCUCAAACCUACCUCGACAACUAUACCACGAAAUUCUACUGGAAAUGUCUAUCAAGUAAUGGAUAAAAUUCUAGAUUUGUACGAGCGUCUAAAAGUAAUAACUGACAAAAUCAAUGUAACACACUCAAAAAACAAGAAAAACACUCAAUCAAAAGAGGAAAGAAACAAUGAUCUUCUCAUUGGAACUAUACAAAAUAAUAUGUUUAAUAGAAUGACUAAUGUCAAACAUAUAUUAAUGAACCCAUUCCGCGAUUUGACACGCCAGGAGAUACAAAAAUUGCCGUCAAUAAUUCAAACGAACUCUGGAGAGAUCGCACCAUUGUUGGUACCGAUGCCAAACUCGCUAAAAAUAGUAAACCAAGUCGUAGUGAUGUCGACAGCAAAACCAAUGAAAAUGAUUGACAACAAAAGCAGGUACAAUACAUUUAUGGCAGAUUUAAGUAAAAAUCGAGCUGUUACGAGCUUUGAAAAAAAUAAAAGCCAAAAAACUACUAUACCCAGCUUGGACUACAAGAAAUAUUCUCACUUCGGAAAUGUUGACUUUAAUCGAUAUAAUAGAGCACAUAAAAAAUACGACAUAACCCAAGACGACCAAUUCAUACGAACGCAUAGCUACGGAACACACAACUAUGCAACGCAUAAUAUUGAAGGUAGAAACGACAAAUUGAGACAUUACAACAAAGAUAAUAAUAAAGAGAAUGAACAUAUAAAUUAUUUUGACAUGAUUAGCAAUAGCCAUAAAAGCUAUUUGGAAAAAAUACCCACUAAUGGACACAGCGGCAAAUACCACCAAAAGCUGGAAAGGGAAGAUGAGAGAUUCGAUAAUCAUAACAAAGAUUUUAUUGGACAAAACAAGGAUAUUUUAGGGCAAAUUUUUGGAUUUAGCAACGACGUAUAUGGGGGAAACAAGGACGUUAUUAGGUUAUUGAACAGCGCCCGAGAAUACGGAUAUGACAGGCCAAUCGCGCCGCGUCACCAACAGCCGCUAAAUAUGAAGAACUCUCCGUACGACGACACUCAUUUUAGAAACUUUUUGAAAACGCAACAGAAAGUGAACGAUAUGUUGGAAAAAAUUCUGGAAAGGAAACACUCCAUGGGUUAUAGCGUCGAGACGACUUAAACGGUUUACUGUAGGUUUAUUAGGAAUUUUCGAAUAAAUAACUUUAUCUCCUUGU